AUGGUUACUAGUGUUAAGAGAACAGUUCGUAUUAAGACGAGCCAGCAUGUGUUGCCUGAUCUUCCCCCGGUGGAAAAUUUCCCUAUGCGCCAAUGGCGGAUCGAAAUAUAUUUGUUAGACGAGGAGGGAAAGGAAAUACCAGCCACUAUCUUCGACAAAGUGGUAUAUCAUCUACAUCCCACAUUCGCGAAUCCCAAUAGAACCUUCACGGAGACACCGUUUGCAAUAGAAGAACAAGGCUGGGGUGGAUUUCCAUUGGAUAUUAGUGUUUUCUUGUUGGAGAAGGCCGGCGAAAGAAAGAUAACUCAUGAUCUGAACUUUCUGCAGAAGGAAUACGAAAUUGACCAUGUAAUUCAGAUACCCACCAACAAGCCUCUGUUGGCAACAGAGCUACUCAAGAGUGGAUCAGUAGACGAUGCUGGUGCAAAACGCAAAGCAUCUGCUACAAAUGGCGAACCGAAAGUAAAGAAAGCAAAGACGGCCAGUGCCUCCACCAUUAAAGGCAACGUUGACAUUGAAAAGCUAGCAUUUGGGUUGACUAAGUUGAAUGAAGAUGAUCUUGUUGGGGUUGUGCAAAUGGUCACAGAUAACAAAACUCCUGAAAUGAAUGUUACAAACAACGUUGAAGAAGGUGAAUUUAUAAUUGAUCUAUAUAGUUUGCCUGAUGGUUUACUGAAAAGUUUAUGGGAAUAUGUCAAAAAGAACACAGAAUGA